ACUUCACUCCUUUGGCUCUUCGCUGCGCGUGCUCAUCGGCAACAAUGGCGAGCAGCUCGCAGAAGGAUCUUUUCACGUCGGUGAUCUCAGAGAUCAAAAACUACGCUGGCGAUGAUCCCCUCCGUCCCUGGGUACGAGGCAUUCGGAAGAUUCACCAGUCGCUACCAACACAUGUUCUCAGCGAGAAACUCCCUCGAUUCCUUCAGAAGUGCGCAGAAACCUUCGAAUCUGAUCGCCGCUACCGAAAUGAUUCUAGAUAUCUAACAGUAUGGAUUCAACUGAUGGAUUAUGUGGAAGAUGCAGCGUUGAUAUUGAGAAAGAUGGAGAAGAGUCAAAUAGGUCUGAAACGGGCUAAGUUCUACAUUGCCUAUGCUUUGUACUACGAGAAGAAGAAGAGAUUUGAGGAUGCGGAGAAGAUAUAUCUGUUGGGUGUUCAAAAGAUUGCUGAACCAAUAGGAGAAUUACAGAAAUCAUAUGAUCAGUUUCUUCACCGGAUGAAACUGCUCAAGUAUCGAAGUGCUAAACGGGAAGCAUUGGCCAGCAUUGGUGCAACAACUACAGGACAUUCUCAGAAAACCUCAACCUCUAAUGAUCUAAAAAACCAGCAAAGUGCAGAAAGCAUUUUUAAAACUGACCCUGUGGAAGAAAAUUCAAGUUGCAAAGUAGUUAAAAAGCUUCUUCGACCUCAAUCAAUUUCCAUCAAUGAUCUGGAUAAGUCAGCUCCAUUGCACAGAGAUGGUGUGGGUUUGUCUCAAGUUGAUGAUCCUCACCAUCAUGAUCUAUCAGAUCCGGCUAUCAACAUGGAGGAGUCCAUGAAUGUUACUAGUAAUAUGUUUAAUGAGGUUAAACAAAAGCCAAAUCAGAGUGGAAAUACCAUUGAGGUGUUUGCUGAUGGAGGAAUGGAAGAAUCAGGAGAUGUUUAUCCCAGCAUUAUUUCUAAUACCCGACCUGUUUCUGCUAAGUUUGUGAAUUCAGAUUCCCCGAAGAGAAAUGACAACACUGAGUUACAGAAGCCUUUUGUCGGAGCUUUCAACAUUCUUCCAGAUGAGGAGGAUGAUGAUGUUGAUGAAGAUUCUCAGGGAGAUUGCAUGGAAAUGGAAGAACCAAAAGAAGUAUCUUGCCAACAAUCUUGGCCUACUUCUCAUUCUAUCACUGAAACAGGAAGAGAUAAUUUUGAUGUUAGAUUGAAAGAGGACACAGUCUUUCGGAGACUGAAAGAGGAUACUGUUAUUCGAAAAAUUGUUGGUUCAACAGUUUUUGAAGAGCCAAAGGUUGAAAAUGCAUGCCAUCAUGGUUUAGUGGAUCCAACAAUCAACCUCAAGCAAGCCAUAGAUGAUAUAAAUGGCAUGUUUGGAACGCCACUGAAUUUUGUCAAGGCCCGCAAAUCUAAGAAACAAGAAAAACAUUCUAAACCGAAGGCAGAUAGCAGCAAGCAUGGAUUUUUUAUAUUAUCUGAUGACACCAUGGAGAAGAAUUUGAAUGUUCAAGCUCCACCAUGCAUUUCGUCCUGUUCUAAUGGAACAAUGGAUUUUUUGGAGCCCACAGUUUUCACUAAAGAGGCCAUGAAUGAAAUCAAUGAUUUGUUUGGAAAACCACUCGACUUUUAGAGAAAUGAAUGAUAGACUUGAUUUUUUUUCCUGCUGUAGAGAGUUGCAGAACCUUACAUUCAAUUUUCAAGAUUUCUAUCGUUGCAGGGAAUGUCGGUGGAGGUUUAGAAGACUUAUGCUUGAUUGCUGCGUAUUUCUUUCAGCUGCAGUUGUGACAACAGCUUCUUUAUCCUUCAGUAA